AGAAAGAAAAAAAGCAUGGAGUUAAAGCGCUCCAUCUCUGCCAGCAUGGAAGCCGAGAAGCCGCUGAGGCGCUACGGGGCAGUGGAAGAGACGGAAUGGAAAACGCACGGGCUGGGCAGAAAUCAACUAGACAUCAUUUCGAUGGCUGAGACGACCAUGAUGCCUGAGGAGAUCGAACUGGAGAUGGCAAAGAUCCAGAGACUUCGGGAAGUCUUAGUCAGAAGAGAAUCCGAACUCAGGUUUAUGAUGGAUGAUAUCCAGUUGUGCAAGGACAUCAUGAACCUUAAGAAAGAGCUGCAGAAUUUAGUAGCAGUCCCAGAAAAAGAUAAAACAACACUGCAGAAGCAAAGGGAAGAUGAAUUGAUUCAGAAGAUCCACAAACUGGUGCAAAAAAGAGACUUCCUUGUUGAUGACGCGGAAGUGGAGAGAUUAAGAGAGAAGGAGGAAGACAAGGAGAUGGCGGAGUUCCUCCGGAUCAAGUUGAAACCUUUAGAUAAAGCCGUUAGAUCACCUACCAGUACCCCUACAGAGAAGAAGGCAGAACCUCCACCGCUUCCUCCAAACAAGCCCACCAUCGCCAAGACAGGAAUAGCUCUUAUCAAGGAUUGCUGUGGGACAGCCCAGUGCACCAUCAUGUAGCGCCAUCCUCUCGGGCACACCUUCUUUUCGACACGCUUUUACCCGACGGAUGUAGAACUGUUUGAGGAAGGGAGGAGAAAGGACAUAAAAGCAUCCAAAUAUCUUGAUAGUUGAGUUUCCCAUACUGUUUCUUACAGUAACUGUUGUAGUACUGAAUGUACCACUUGGUGACUCCUUCACUGUUGCAUGGAUCACUCAGCGAGCAUGCCUAGGUUAAGACAAGGAGUAUAUCUAAAUAUAACUAUAUCCAGAGAUCAGAGAGGAUUUGUAAUAAAUAAAAAUAACACACAUAGGAGAUGGCUCGCAGGUAACA